AUGUCGUCAGUAAGUUCAUCUCUCACUCCAAGAAACAAAGUCCUUGAAAGUGAGCGGUCUUCAGAAACCUCAAGAGGAACCAACGAAUGCAACUCUGGUCACACGGAUCAUCCCUCAAUCAAGCUCAAGUCCAGGAGUCCCACCGCGGUACAUGUUUCCUGGGUGGAGAAGGGUCCUGCUGUGGGUCAAAGCUACACUGUGAGACUCUUCCAGCCUGAGCUCAGCGCUUAUGAGCUCCUCGGUUUGGACACGACAACCCACAGGCACUACAGUUUCACAGAUGUGGAUUCCUGCAGCCCCUACGUGGUCUGUGUGGACAUGGUGGGCAGUCAGUCCUUAACCUGCCUCUCCACUUUAACUGACCCAGACAUCCCCAAGGACUUUGAGGUGACCUCGUGGAACAGCACCAGCAUAUCUUUGGCCUGGAACAGCCCUUAUAACCACAGGUUCUCCAUGUUCCUCCUCACGGUCUUCUACCUCAACGGCACAGACCACAUCACAGAGAAUGUGUCCGUCUGGCAUCAGGACGAUGACUUGGUGUUCACAUUAUCAGACCUGCAGCCCUGCACGAGGGUGAAGUUUGGCCUUCAGACUGUUUGCCAGGCAGGGGCUGAGACUGGCUUCAGUAAGAUGGUUCUGAAUGAUGGGAACUCUGUCCACUCCAACAUCGAGGCCUUACAUCAGACAUCUUUUGGUCCUGAUAACUACACCCUGAGCUGGAAGGUCAGGAACACCUCAUCCAUCUCUACGUUCAGAGUCUACCAUGAGGGGGUGCUGCAGUGCACCAUACUCACUACUAGCUACACUGUGGGGCGGCUGCUGCCCUGCCACAGGUACCAGGCUAGGGUAGAGGCCCUGUGUGGAGAUGGAAUACUCAUGAAUGCCAAGACGAUCACUGUACAUACAGGACCCCACGGUGUGUCUCAGCUCAGGUAUGACUCCAGCGACUCCACCGCCUACUGGAGACCAGGUACCUCAAACCCACCAGCUGUGGCCUUCUUAUAUGAGCUGUCCCAUGAAAAGGGCCCCGUCAUCCAGAGCAGCCGUGUGACUGGUGCAGAGCUCCACCUGCCAGGACUGGAGGAAGGGAAGAACUACAUCCUUGACGUGUGGGAGGAAUGUGACGGACUGUGGGAGUCGGAACAUUCAAAACUGUUCUUAGAGGGGGGUAAUACAUCCAUAGAACUCAUGGUGAGGGCAGCCGGAACCGCUCAAGAUCCAGAUGUAGAUUUGUACACUGCUGGUCUCCGUCUGGUCGUGCCGUGGUCACUGCCUGAGGAGCUCCUGAAUGGAGAGUCAGAACCUCAGGCUGAAAUGGUGAAGUUUGUCACACAUAAGCUGAAGGAUCUCUUGGAAGACUUUAAGCCAACCCGCAUCAAACUGGCUGGCAUUGAACCUGCAGAUGAUCCGGGAAAAACAGAAUUUCUAUUUUCAUCUUUUGAUGCAACCAUAAUGGAUGAAGAUGUGCCCCUGUCAGUUCCUGCUCAGCUCAAUUACAUCCAGUCGCUGAAUGCACCCAACAUCACAGUUACAGAUGGGGCCAUUCACUGGGAGGGCCCGGACCUGUGUGCUUCAGAGCAAAUUUCAUGUCCCUUAAACGCCCUGUGCAUCAACACCCUGGGCUCGUACAUCUGUGUGUGUCAUCAUGGUUACUACGACGUCAGCUCCGUCAUGAAGCAUCCAGUACCAUCACAUCCUGUCUGCAAUGAGAAAGGCCUUUUCAGCGAGUGUCGGGAUAAACUGAUCAAGGGUGGAAUAGCAAAAUCCUACCUGACGUCUCGCAUGGGAGGGAAAGUCAAUGUGAAGCUGAAUGAUGGGCGAUGCAAAGUGGAGGAGACUGAGAUGUUUUAUCAGUUCAAUACCCCACGAAAUCCACAUAAAUGUGGAACUCAGAGGCAGGUGAAUAACUCAUGCAUUCAGUUCCAAAACACCAUGACUGUGACGCUGACCAAAGGACCAAACGUAACCCGAGGUGAACUGAAAUUUAUUUGGAAGUGUGUCUAUUCUCGGCAUUACGUUCGCAAUGCUCAGAUCGGAGUGAAUGCAGAGUGGAUCUCAUCGUCCUCCGUGGUGGAGUUUAACUCUUCUCUGCAGCUCAGUCUGACCAUGACCCUCUACAGUGACGACUCCUACAACCAGAGCUACAGCGGACCCGUAUCCUUAGGACCUGACGACACCCUGUUCUUCCAACUGGCCUUCGAGACCACCAGUGCUUUUACCUCAGAUGUCCUCCUCCAGUUGGAUUCAUGCUGGGCCACUGAGACCCCCAACCCCCAGGAUGAGGUCAAGGGUGUUUUUCUUCAGAAUGGCUGUCCUGUCGAUAACAUGUUCCAAUGGCUGUCUGUCAACGGCCGAGAGCAGAGAAGUCGAUUUUCCAUCCUGAUGUUCAAAAUGCCUCAAAACCAGCCUCUGUUCUUUCAUUGCCUGGCCAACAUCUGUGGACAUGAAGAGGACUGUACAAAGAACUGCUCCAGUCAACGUCGUGUCAAGAGGUUAGCCGGCCUCAUGGAGGGACGAGGGAAACGAGCAGCUGUUGUGUCUGCUGGACCUCUGGUGGUUAACAUGAAGGUGAACUCAGGCACGCAGCCAUCGAACUGGGAAGAGCACAGGAUGGUGAUCUUUGCUGUGGCUGGAACAAUAGGUGUUUUGGGAUUCACGUUACUCUUACUGACUGCAAUGAAAGCAGUCAUGAGUUACUAUGAAGGACUAAGGCCGCAAUAA